AUGUCGGCGCGACGACAACCAUUUAUUCGGGACGUGCCCAGCAAAGGUGGGUUGGUUCCUUUUGAUACCAUUGCGGUCACUUCUUUCCAUGAAAGUCUCCCUGGUUAUAGAUCAUCUCCACUCAUUGAAUUACGAGACAUUGCAAAAGAACUAGGGCUCAAAGCGGUUUUCCUCAAAGAUGAGAGCAAUCGUUUUGGCCUGCCGUCUUUCAAGAUUCUUGGUGCAUCGUGGGGUGCAUUUACUGCUAUUACGACAAGACUUGUGCUGCCUCUGGAUAGCGCCGUUGACCAAGUUGCCUCGGAAGCCAGCAAAGCCGAGCUGGUCCUUUUCGCAGCCACAGACGGAAAUCAUGGCCGUGCAGUAGCGUACAUGGCGAAACUGCUAUCUAUAGAUGCUCGUAUAUACGUUUCACGAAGUCUAGACGAGUAUACGAAGCAAGCUAUUCGCGGAGAAGGUGCGCAAGUCAUUGUUGUUGCUGGAGACUAUGACGACGCUGUACGCAGCGCAGCUCAAACGGCAGGCUCACACCCAGGCGGCGUUUUGGUCCAGGACACAUCAUUUCCAUCGUACGAGGAGACACCUGCAAGAAUAGUGGAAGGCUACUCUACUAUAUUCAGAGAGGCUGAUAGGCAGCUGGCAGAGCUGGGUCUAGGGUGCGAUGUGGUGUUCAGUCCUGUCGGUGUUGGCUCACUGGCUCAUGCCAUGCUUCGUCAUCACAAGUCGCGGGAGCGAUCGCAGCCAACCAAGGUGGUAGCUGUUGAACCUGACACCGCUGCGUGUCUAUACAGAAGUCUGCAAUCCAAAUCAGGCGGCCCAAGCCCGAAGAUCCGAACUUCUCACACUAUCAUGACAGGAUUGGAUUGUGGUACAGUCUCUUACACGGCUUGGCCCGAUCUUCGGUCGUAUAUUGACACUAGUGUGACUGUUUCCGACUUUGAGGCUCAUAACACUGUUCAAGAGCUGCAAGCGAGAGGAAUUGAAUCAGGACCAUGUGGAGCCUCGGGACUCGCAGCACUACGAUAUCUGGCUCAACAUCACCGCGAAAGUCUCGGAUUCAAUGAUCAGACAGUGGUUGUGCUCUUCAACACAGAGGGCAAUCGCCCUUACCAUGUACCCCACGAUGUGUCUAGCGAUGAUCCGGUCAUUUUGACACAAAUCCUCACCCAGAUUGAAUCCACGAAUCCCACUCUGUCUGUAUCGAGAGGGAGCGGUGAAGGAGCUAUUGCAGACUAUAUGGAGGCCUGGCUACAACAUCGUGAUAUUGAAAGUCAUCGCCACGAACUGGUAAAAGGUCGACCUUCGAUCAUUGGAGUUGUGCAGGGAACGGGAUCUGGCCGUAGCCUCAUGCUGAAUGCUCAUACUGACACCGUCAGUCUUGCGGCUUACACUACAGAUCCCCUGAGUGGAAAUUUGACCGAGAAGAAUGGCCUCCCAGCGGUCGUUGGUAGGGGCAGUUUAGACAUGAAAGCCGGUUUGGCAGCAGCGAUGGUUGCCCUUUCUAAUGCGAAGAAAAGACGAGUGCAUGGUACUGUCCUCCUGGCCGCCGUCGCCGACGAAGAGGACUCCUCUCGAGGUACCUCGGAAAUACUUGCCGCAGGCUGGCGCGCAGAUGGUGCUGUCGGCACUGGUCACAAGGGCUUCCUAUGGGUUGAAGUGGAAAUCACCGGAGUGGCUGCCCAUGGUUCGCGAGCCGACGUGGGAGUCGACGCGAUCCUGAAUGCCGGGUCAUUUUUGAACUCAUUCAAAACCUAUGCCGCUGACCUACCGACUGACGACUUUUUAGGACAGGCUUCUGCUCACUGUGGAUUGGUUGAAGGAGGUGAAGAGUUAUCAAGCUAUCCGGCCUCAUGCCGGGUUAAGAUUGAGUUCAGAACGAUACCUGGUCAGCGUUCCGAAGGCAUCUUGCAAGACAUUACCGCAAUGCUGGAGGAACUGGCAACAUCCGACCAGAUGUUUACUUACAAAAAGCCAAAUCUGUUGUUGGAACGCCCGGCGUUCAAGCUCUCUUCUGACAAUACUUUUGCCAACGCAGCGAUGUCCGCUGCUAGUGAAGCUCUUAGCCGACCAGUCAAUCCCCAAGGUCUAUCAUUCUGGUGUGAUGCCGCCUUACUGAAUGAAGCUGGCAUUCCUAGUGUUGUCUUUGGCCCAAAAGGCGAAGGAUUGCAUGCCAAAGAAGAAUGGGUCGACGCCGAGAGUAUCAAAACGACGACUGUGAUGCUGGAUGCCUUGAUUGCUGACUUCUGCAAUCAAUAG